GAAAAUUUGGAUAAGCAGCAAGCAAAACCCUUGACCUUUUUAUCCGGCGCGCUUCCUCUUCCACUUUACUGCUCUCUCUGUCUCUCUCUCUUUCCUCUCCUCACCACACACACACACAUACUCUUACGCACACCCAACCUCUACUCCCUCGUACAUUCGAAACCCACUUAGCUAAAACAUACAUACACAUACCGCUUUUGUCUACGCCUGAAUUCGAGGGAGUUCUGGGAUUAAGAGCAGAAUAUAGCCGACGACACCAACAAUUAUAAACUCUAACGAAAAAAACCAAAUCAUGGACAAUCAUUCUCGACGUUACCCAUACGGUUAUGGCCAGCCAUCCGGUAUAUCUGAGUCAGCACCUGCACAUUCCUCCCAUCUUCCACCUCCUCCGCCGCAAAAUGCACAGCCAUUGCCGUCCAAAGAGAUAUAUCAAUACGACGCACCAUGGCCUUUGUAUGCGCUGGACUGGUGUAAAGUGCCUCAUGAACGGAAAGGGUUUCGGAUGGCCAUUGGAAGUCUCAUUGAAGAAAGUAACAACAAGCUACAAGUGAUUGCACGCACUGAUACGCUUGAAGGAGCCAAUGUAUACUCUGGUCAGCCCACGCCUGACUUUACAGUAGUCGCAGAAGCGGGUGUACAUUAUCCAACAACGAGGGUGUUAUGGGAACCUUGGAGAAGCGAUUCCUGGCGCUCAGAUCUUCUUGCUACAACGGGUGAUAUUUUGCGAAUAUGGGAACUGGUGGAUCAUCCACGGUACGGAACGACAAGCAACUCCAUCAACAGCUCGAGUGGGCGAAACAGUCCACCUUAUUACAUGCAGCAGCUCGUGAAAAAGGCCGAGCUAGCAAACACAAAACAAACAGACUUCUGUGCACCAUUGACAUCGUUUGAUUGGAACGAGACAGAUCCAUCAUUAAUAGUGACAUCAAGUAUCGACACAACAUGUACAGUGUGGAACGUCGAGACAAAUCAGGCAAAAACACAGCUCAUUGCUCAUGACAGCGAUGUGUAUGAUGUGGCGUUUAUGCAUGGAUCGCCGGAUAUAUUUGCAAGUGUGGGUGCGGAUGGUUCUGUACGAUUGUUUGAUUUGAGAUCGCUAGAACAUUCGACGAUCCUGUAUGAAGCAGCACCCAACGGUGCGAGUGGAGGAAGUAAUAACCAUAGCACUCCUGGUGCACGCAGCAACGGCAACAUGGUGAAUGCAGCAACAUGUCCACUUUUGCGUCUACAAUUCAACCGCAACAACACCAAUUUACUGGCAACAUUCCACAUGGAUUCCUCCUCCGUACUCGUCCUCGAUAUCCGUUACCCAAGCACACCCACCGCAGAACUCGUCAAGAGCCACCAGGGCAGUAUUAACGGAAUCAGCUGGUCUCCGAGCCAGGCCGGGCAACUGUGCACUGGCGGGGAUGACGGACAAGUGCUUGUAUGGGAUAUCAACAAUGGAGGAGCAGGAGGCGGCGCUGGAGCAGCGGCAGCUGAGCAACAUCAACACAACUCGCAUCAUUCACGACAACAACAGUAUCAUCAACAGCAGCGAUAUAGCCAACAUACCCCACGAUCUAUCCAGGAUCCCAUUUUAGCGUACUCUGCUGGAUCUGAAGUCAGUUCACUCUCAUGGAGUAAAGGCGUGCCUGACUGGAUUGGUAUUGGAUUCGGAAGAACAGUGCAGGCGCUGCGCGUAUGAAAGAAAACAAAAAGAACAAACAAAAGACCGUGAUUACGUGUUUCAAAAAAAGUAAAAUUGUAGAUGUGUACAUAUGAAAGAAUGCUUGUUAUGUGUCAGAAAUGGGUGAGGAUGAGGG